GUGCUCUUUUAAGAAAGAGCUCCCGUCACCUUUUUUUUUUUUUUUUUGUUGAUCAACAAUACCACUGUUGCCCAAGAAGCUCUACACCAUCUCACUUUCUCACCACCUCUGCUUUCCUUCUUUGCUCCCGCUACUGACUUCCAAAGAAUUUACACGUUUCUCCUCGGCGUGUGAUCAAGAGCUUACUAUUUGAGUAAUUCUUUCCCCUGUCUGCACAAUGGAGGUCCAAUCCACUGCACCUCCCCAGCUUCUCGACCACUACAUCGGCAUCGAUGUUGGUACUGGUUCAGCCAGAGCAUGCAUCAUUGACGAGACUGGCGACAUCAAGGGCCUUGCCAGCGAGCCCAUUAAGCUGUGGCAGCCAGAGACCGGAUACUAUGAACAAUCCACAUCAGACAUCUGGGCAUGCAUCUGCCACUGCGUGAAGCAAGUCCUCGCCGAGUCCAAGGUCGAUCCUGAUAUUAUCAAGGGCAUUGGAUUCGACGCAACCUGCUCUCUCGCCGUCUUCAGCCACGAUACGGACGAGCCCGUCGCCGUCACUGGCCCCGACUUUGACAAUGCCGAUGGUAACGACCGCAAUGUCAUUCUCUGGCUGGACCACCGCCCCGUCGAGGAGACAGAGAAGAUCAACGCCACGAAGCACAACCUGCUCAAGUACGUUGGCGGCACCAUGAGCAUCGAGAUGGAAAUCCCCAAGGUUUUGUGGCUCAAGAACAACAUGCCCAAGGAGCUCUUCGAUCGCUGCAAGUUCUACGAUCUCGCUGAUGCGCUCACCCACAUGGCCACUGGCAACGAGACGCGAAGCUUCUGCAGUACCGUCUGCAAGCAAGGCUACGUCCCUGUCGGUGUUGACGGCAGCGUCAAGGGCUGGCAGGAGGACUUCCUGACUACGAUUGGGCUUGAGGACCUUGUUCAGGACGACUUUAAGCGUAUGGGUGGUGUCAACGGGGUGAACGGAAAAUACCAGAGCGCCGGCGAGCUCGUGGGCGGUCUCUGCAAGAAAGCCGCAGCAGAGCUCGGCCUCCCCGAGGGUAUCGCAGUCGGCGGUGGUGUUAUUGAUGCCUACGCCGGCUGGAUUGGUACUGUCGGCGCCAAGGUCGAGCUUCCGCCAGGCCAUCUUGAGGCGGACCAACCCAAGAACGAUCUCUCCCAAGCCUUCCACAGACUCGCGGCGGUUGCCGGUACAUCUACCUGCCACUUGGCCAUGUCCAGAGACGCAGUGUUCGUGCCUGGUGUUUGGGGUCCGUACCGAGACGUCUUGCUCCCUGAGUUCUGGAUGGCCGAGGGCGGACAGUCUGCCACCGGCGAGCUCCUUCGACACAUUCUCGAAAUCCACCCUGCCUUCGUCGAGACGAACGCCCUCGCCACGGCCGAGUCAAAGAACAUCUACGAGUUCCUAAACUCCCACUUGGAAUACAUGCGUGAGAAGAGCGGUGCCCCGUCAAUCUCGUAUCUGGGUCGCCACUUCUUCCUGUACGGUGACCUGUGGGGUAACAGAUCACCCGUCGCAGACCCAAACAUGAAGGGUGCCGUGGUUGGCUUGAGCAGCGACAAGACCACGGACAACCUGGCGUUGUGGUACUACGGCACGAUGGAGUUCAUCGCCAUGCAGACUCGACAGAUUGUUGAGGCGAUGAACACGUCCGGACACGAGCUUAACACGAUCUUUAUGUCCGGCAGUCAGUGCCAGAACCCACUGCUGAUGGACCUGAUGGCCACCAUCUGCGACAUGCCUGUGUUGGUACCCAAGUACACCAACGCGGCCGUUGUCCACGGUGCUGCCAUGCUUGGCGCCAAAGCGGCGACCGCGACCGAGGAUGGCACAACGGAGAAUCUGUGGUCCAUCAUGGAUCGCAUGAGCAAGCCUGGCCGCCUCGUCAAGCCCGGCACCCUCAAGGGCGAGAAGUUCUUGUUCGAUGCCAAGUACAAGGUGUUCUUGGAGCAGUGCAAGACCCAGCAGGAGUACAGAAAGCAGGUUGAUGCUGCCGUCGACCAGUGGCUCAACAACUAAGCAUCUCGGGGGUGGACUUUGUGGCGUGAGACGAUUAGACGACCUAGGGAAUUGGGUCAAGGGGCAUUAACGGCCUACAGUAACGGGACUUGAUUUUUCACUGGAUGGGCUGUAUUAGGAGUUGAAGGGAUAAUGAUAAUGGUCAUUCUUUCAUGAGUUAAAAAAAAUUUUACAUUGUCUAUACGACGAACCCGUAUUCUGCAU